AUCAUAACAAGGUGGAAACAACAGUGUCCGAAACAGUGUCAGGUAUAUCGGUGGUGAGAAAGAAGCUAAAAUGAGUCCGAAAUAAACCCUAAGCUUGUUUCAAUCUACUAGAUUUCCGAGCGUGCUCUUGGUGUAUUUUCACCCUGUUAGCCUCGUGUGUUUACAUUAGCCAGUCCGCUAACUGUGGGACAAGUUCGCAGGAGUUUGACCGUAAACGGUGACCUGUCUCCUCAAAAAAAAAAAAAAAAAAAAACCCGACAAUGACCUCCGCCGGCGGAAUCCAGAUACCGAGCCGCCUCCCGCUGCUGCUGACCCACGAAGGAGUGCUCCUGCCGGGCUCCACGGUCCGGUUCAGCGUGGACUCCCCGCGGAACAUGCACCUGGUGAGCCAGCGGCUGCUGAAGGGGACGUCGCUGAAAAGCACCAUCAUCGGGGUGAUUCCCAACACCAGAGACCCGGAGCACGACACCGACGACCUGCCAGCCCUGCACAAAAUUGGUACAGCCGGGAUAGCGGUGCAGGUGGUGGGCAGCAACUGGCCGAAGCCUCACUACACCCUCCUCAUCACCGGACUGUGCCGCUUCAGCGUUUCAAGUCUGCUGAAGGAGCGACCGUUCAUCCUGGCAGAGGUGGAGCAGUUGGAUAAACUGGAGCAGUACACGACUCCAGCAACAAAUGAUGCCUCGGCAGAAGACGGGGAGUUGGGGGAGCUGUCCCAGAAGUUCUACCAGGCUGCUGUACAGCUGUUAGGUAUGUUGGACAUGUCGGUUCCAGUGGUGGCAAAGUUCAGGCGUCUGUUGGACAGUCUUCCCCGAGAAACUCUGCCUGAUGUGGUCGCCUCGAUGAUCCGCACGUCUAACAAGGAGAAACUUCAGGUCCUGGAUGCAGUGAGUUUGGAGGAACGUUUUAAGAAGGCCCUGCCCAUGUUGACCCGACAGAUCGAGGGACUAAAACUGCUGCAGAGAACCAGGAAGAUGAGUCCCGAUAACGAGAAGCGGGUCUUAUCGGUGCGUAAAGGUGGAGUGUUCCCGGGCCGACAGUUCAAUCUGGAUGAGGAGGAUGAAGAUGACGACGGAGACGACACCGCGGCGUUGGAGAGGAAGGUCCACGGAGCCAACAUGCCCGAAGCUGCUCUCAGAGUUUGCCUGAAAGAACUCAAAAGGUUGAAGAAGAUGCCUCAAUCCAUGCCUGAGUACGCGCUGACCAGAAACUACUUGGAUCUGAUGGUGGAGCUGCCGUGGAGCAAAAGCACCAAAGACUGCCUGGACAUCCGAGCUGCUCGAACUCUAUUGGACAACGAUCACUAUGCCAUGGAUAAGCUGAAGAGACGUGUGCUGGAGUACCUGGCUGUCAGACAGCUCAAGACUUCACUCAAGGGCCCCAUCCUGUGCUUUGUGGGCCCUCCAGGAGUUGGUAAGACCAGCGUGGGACGCUCCAUUGCCCGGACGCUGGGCAGGGAGUUUCACCGCAUUGCUUUGGGAGGCGUCUGCGACCAGUCUGAUAUCAGAGGACACAGGCGAACAUAUGUGGGGAGCAUGCCUGGACGCAUUAUCAACGGUUUGAAGACGGUGGGCGUCAAUAAUCCCGUUUUCCUCUUGGACGAGGUGGAUAAACUGGGCAAGAGUCUGCAAGGAGACCCUGCAGCCGCUCUGCUCGAGGUCCUGGACCCAGAGCAGAACCACAGCUUCACUGACCAUUACCUCAACGUGGCCUUCGACCUCUCCCAAGUGCUCUUUAUUGCCACUGCAAACACCACAGCGAGCAUCCCUCCGGCUCUGCUGGACAGGAUGGAGGUGCUGCAGGUACCAGGCUACACCCAGGAGGAGAAGGUGGAGAUAGCUCACCGUCACCUGAUCCCGAACCAGCUGGAGCAGCACGGAUUAACACCUCAGCAGCUGCACAUACCUCAGGACAGCACGCAGGACAUCAUCAGCAGAUACACCCGAGAGGCGGGUGUGCGCUCUCUGGAGAGGAAGAUCGGGGCGAUCUGCCGAGCCGUGGCCGUGAAGGUCGCCGAGGGUCACCGACUAACCAAGACGGAGACUUCAACUGAGACGCAGCAGCAGCAGCAGCAGAUGGGAGACAAGGCGGCGCCCCCGGAGAUGCCCAUAGUGAUCGACCACAUCGCCCUGAAAGACAUCCUGGGUCCGCCGCUGUUUGAAAUGGAGGUGUCCGAGCGGCUCACCCUGCCCGGCGUAGCUGUGGGCCUGGCCUGGACGCCGCUCGGCGGGGAGAUCAUGUUCGUGGAGGCCAGUCGGAUGGAGGGGGAAGGUCAGCUCACUCUGACGGGUCAGCUGGGAGACGUUAUGAAAGAAUCCGCUCAUUUGGCCAUCAGCUGGCUGAGAGCGAACGCCAAAACCUACCAGCUCACCAACACCUGCAGUCCAGCCCAGACGUUUCUGAAUGUCGGAGGGAUCAAGGACAAGGUUCUGGCGGCGCACAGGGCCGGAGUGAAGAGAGUCAUCCUGCCGAAACGCAACGAGAAGGACCUGGAGGAGCUUCCUGCCAACGUCCUGGCCGACCUGGACUUCGUCACGGCCUCGAACCUGGACGAGGUGCUGAACGCCUCCUUCGACGGAGGGUUUCCAGGGACGAGCAGCUCACGUUCACACCCUCAGCUCAGCAGCAAACUGUAGCGAGAAACACGCAGCGGCGACGACGUGAAGUUCGCACAGUGUUAACGAGUAGCGCCGAGAAGGAGGGAGGAGGUUGUUCUUCAGCCUGGACAGCAGGAACAGUCGACCCUGAGAGGUCACCGUAUUGAUCCUUAACCAUUUGCAGUUGACGUUUUCUAAAUCUGAGAUAGAUGAAGCUGUUGUUGAGAUCAGAUUGUUAUGUGAAGUAACAGCAGCCUCAGUUUGCAGCUCGUGUUGAUCAGACCCAGGUUACACACCGUCGCAGUUUUCUGAGCUUAAACUGGAGGAUUUAGCCUGAAUGAAUGUUUGUGAGCAGAUAAUUAAGAAAGGAUUACGUACGUUAAGAUGCUCAGAUUAAAGAGCCUGUCUGGAUGUUUACAUUCAGCUGGUUAGCAGAUGUUUUACUAACUUCUGUCAUUUGCAGAUUUUUGAAUUUAUUAUCAAAUGUUGUGGCGACUAACUAAAGAUCACAGCUCAUUUCUAGCAUCUAACACCGAGGCCUUAGAUCAGCUCUCUUUAACCAAAUGUGUUUAAUGAGGCAGAAUCUUAAUCUCAAAUUCAAAAAUUGUCACAAAAAAGGUGAUCACACAAGAGAUUUAACUGUCUUUUCUCACUCACUAAUGUCAUUAGUUAAAUUAUUGAAAUGGAAAAGAAUUGCACAUGUAAAGCUUUGUCGUUUUCUUUGAACCUGUGAUCGUUUGAUGAAAUAAAACUUUUAGUUUAACAUGCA